UUUGACAAAUAAGAGACGUUCUAAAAUCGUUUAUACAUAAAAGCUCUGUUCAGCGGUUCAUCUAGAGAUUCAUGGUUCGAGCAUUCAUAUUUUAUUGAACAGCCAGAAGCUUCGUCUGUUCAGUCUGUUUGUGAUCAAAUUUCGACUCGAAAGACUGCUGAUAUAGCACUUCACGCUUUUGCGUUAUACAAAAAUGGCGGAGAAUCCUGAGAGACAAACUUCACAGAAUUUGAACGAGGACACGAAGAGUGCAGGGCAGCCUUUGUCGGAGUUUCUUUUGCAACUGGAGGAUUACACACCUACAGUACCUGAUGCUGUCAGCGAACAUUAUUUGCACACUGCUGGCUUCAAUGCCACCGAUCCCAGGAUAGUACGUCUAGUGUCAUUAGCAGCUCAAAAAUUCAUUUCUGAAAUUGCUAAUGAUGCACUGCAACAUUGUAAGACACGAGGUGCUAAUCAAAAUACAAAGACAAAGGGAAAGGAUCGGCGGUAUACUUUAACUAUGGAAGAUUUGACCCCAGCGGUAGCUGAAUAUGGAAUAAUAGUGAAGAAACCACAUUAUUUUGUUUGAUGGGAGAAAACUUAGAGUAUUUAAACAAUAUAUCUGUGAUGGAAUAAGAAUGUUGUAUCAAUCAUAGAGAUAUAAUUAAAAUAUAUUAUUCAA